AUGGCAGACAGACAGGCGGCGCGCCAGCCCCAGGGGAUAUCCCGGGCGCGACCGCCCGUGUCCAGCAGCGUCCGGCGCAACCUCUUCCAGAGCCAGCUCACCCGGCGGCCGACGCCAACGUCGUCGGGCGAGUCCGAGACCCUGCGCCUCGACGCCGACGCCCCGGCCGAGUCCUCCGACAUUGUUGUCCGGGACAAGAACGGCGAGGUGGAGCUGGACGAUCCACCCACGCCCCCGAUCGACGACCCGGAAGAGAUCGCGCUGGACCCGAGGCAGCAGAGUGAAAAGGAACGCCAACGGCUGGCGGACGUUGUGAAGCAUCAUCAAAUCAACCAGAAUAGUGUCCCCGCCCAGCCUGAAGAAAUCCUCGAGGCCGUCCGAGCAAGCUUGCGGGCAAAAGUGGCCGCCUUAUCAGAAGACAACUGGAUGUUUGAGAGGGAAGAGCCACCACGGUAUUCAUAA